AUGACAAGUACGCCAAGACAUCCAGCACCAACCAGUAUGAAAGAAUUGAAGGAAAGGAACUACAAAUUCUAUGCCAUAGCAGACGGUGUAAAAUAUCCACGUGAAAUGAUUCAUGAUGACGACUACUGGCCAGCACUCGAAUUCAUUGACGAAGAAGAAUUUUACUUAUUGGUUCUAAACUCAUCACAGGAUUCAUCAUCAAAGUUGAGUCUAAUCUUUCAGCAUUCAGUGAUUAUAUUUGAAGAGACGAAAAAUGGCAGAACACUAAAUUGGCAUCAGCUUUCAGAUCCAAUUUUAGUCACUCAAGCAGGUUUUGUGUUUCUUAAGAAUAACUUUUAUUUACAAGUCAUGAAUAGAAUUUUGGAUGCUUGGAUACCGACUGGAAUCGUGGAUAAAAUUGUUGAAGAUUUUUUGUGUGUUAAAAGAAAGUUUAUUGCUAUUAAAGAACCAAAUGUUCUGACUGUCUAUAAACUUAGUUUUGGUUUUACAAUUUGGCUUGGAUGUUGUGGAAUGUGCGGCUUAGUAUUUGCAAUAGAAAUUGGAUAUUUCAUUAUUAAGGCAAGAUUAAGACCCAAAAAGGUUGAAUCGAAAUUAAGAAAAAUAAAGCAUGCAAAAAUUCAUCCAGGAGAUACAAUUAUCAGCUCAGAAGAUAUUGGGGAAUUAAUUGUAGACGAAAAUCUGUAG